AUGAAAAUACAGUCUGCUGUAAGAAUUUGGCUAUUCCAGUUUCUGAUUUGUGCUGAAUGCUUCAUUGUGAUUGCAGCUGAGGGACAUAAAGGUGUGCAACCAGAAGUAGCUACCAAAUAUGGACGUCUCCAAGGAAAGCGGAGUAGCGUGAAAGGAACAGAUAGGCUCGUGAAUGUUUUUCUUGGAAUUUCUUUUGCAAAACCACCUCUUGGAUCCCUGAGGUUUUCACCCCCACAACCAGUAGACCCGUGGAAAGGUCUAAGAGCUGCAACUUCCUACCCACCAAUGUGCCUGCAAGACAUGGAGUGGAUAAAGACAUGGACAGCAAUGUUAAAAGCUGAAUGUCCUCCCUUAACAGUCUCUGAAGAUUGUUUAUACCUGAAUGUGUACACUCCUGCUGAUUCAAACCAAAAUGCUAAGUUACCUGUUAUGGUUUGGAUCCAUGGAGGAACUUUAUGCAUAGGUGGGGCUUCGAUAUAUGAUGGGUCAGCAUUAGCCACGUAUGAAAAUGUGGUGGUGGUAGCUAUCCAGUAUAGGUUAGGUAUCUCUGGAUUCUUUAGUACUGGUGAUGAACACGCUCGUGGAAACUGGGGCUUAUUGGAUCAAGUGGCAGCUCUUCAGUGGGUUCAGGAAAAUAUUGCAUUUUUUGGAGGAAAUCCAAAGUCUGUUACUAUAUUUGGAGCGUCGGCAGGAGGAAUCAGUGUUGGAGCACAUAUUUUAUCUCCAUUGUCAAAAGGUUUGUUCCAUAAAGCCAUAUCAGAAAGUGGAGUUGCUCAAGUUCCUGGCUCUUUUAUUUCCCAUCUUCAAGUAGUUGCUAAUACAAUUGCUAAUUUAUCUGGUUGUGAGAUAACCAGUUCUGCAAUGGUUCAAUGUUUAAGGAAGAAAAUGGAUAAAGAAAUAAUGACUCUGAAUGCUGAUCUACUUAAGCAAGUGUCAUUUCUCCCCGCAGUCAUAGAUGGUGUAUUUAUUCCAAAGAAACCUGAAGAGUUACUGGCUGCCAAAGAGUUCAGUACUGUCCCAUACAUAAUAGGAGUAAAUAACAAUGAAUAUGGAUGGGUUAUUCUUUCAGCACGUAACUUUCCUGGCAUAGAAGAAGGGAUGGAGAAACAAACCAUAAUCUCAUCCUUGCAGCAGACAUUGUCAAUAUUGAAUUUCCCCCCUGAAUCUGUGUCUGUGGUAGCAGAUGAAUAUUUAGGAGACACAGAUGACCCUGCUGAGCUGCGAGACCGAUUUCAGGACCUGAUGGGAGAUAUCCUCUUUGUUAUUCCAGCUCUUCAAGUGUCUAAAUAUCAUAGAGAUGCUGGUGCUCCACUCUACUUUUAUGAAUUCCAGCAUCGACCUAGUAUUUUUAAAGAUACUAAGCCAGAUUUUGUAAAGGCAGAUCAUGGAGAUGAAAUUGGAUUUGUCUUUGGUGGGCCAUUCUUGGAAAGUGAUGUGAAAAUAAUUGCUGAGGCUACGGAAGAAGAGAAACACCUCAGUCGAACAAUAAUGAAAUAUUGGGCUAACUUUGCACGAAAUGGAAAUCCUAAUGGCCAGGGUUUGGUGGAAUGGCCAGUCUAUAAUUUGAAUGAUGAAUACCUGGAAUUAAAUUUAAAGCAGAAGAAAGCAGAGAAACUGAAAAGGAAACGAGUGGAAUUCUGGACAAAGAUGUUCCCUGAAAAAGUAAAGAAAAUAACUAAGGAGAAGAGAGAGCACUCAGAGUUAUAAAUGAUAAUGUUUAAAAUUCCAUCCUUCAAUUUGUCACAGCAAAAUUCUACCUGAUGGUAUUGAUUCAGUUUCAGUAAAAAAAGUUUAAUUGUGUCAGCCCAUUUUUUUAGUUUGAUUGAAAGAAGUGAGAGCAAAACUCUGGACACCAUAGGUACUCUUGACAAAUCAAAGCAAUAGAGAAUGAAAUAAUCUAACACUGAAUUUUUUUUUGUUACUGAUACCUCUGAUUUUAUGUCAGUGUGUGAUGAAAAAUAGAUAAACUUGAUAACAUUUUAAUAAAGAUGUGGUCCUCAUACAAAAAUUAUCUGCCUGUA